AUGAGGCCUGUUAUUAUGUCUAGGUGGCUGGCCACCCUUUUGGCCUGCCUUCUCAUCCAAAAUGUCAUCGCAAUUGAGGUUAAUCCCGAGGAUGAGACCUCCCUCAAAAAUGCCGCCAAGACCGUCGCCACCACCAUGAUGGAUUUCUACAAUGCCCGCGACUCGAAGGAUAUUCCAGGGAAAAUGGACGAUACCUGGUGGGAGGGUGGCUCGAUGUUUAUGACCCUUAUCCAGUACUGGCACUUAACAGGCGACAGCCAGUUUAACGAUGCCAUCCAGGAAGGCAUGUACUGGCAAAAGGGCGAAAACGACUUCUUCCCAAGCAACUACUCCCAAUACUUGGGUAACGACGAUCAAGUGUUCUGGGGUUUAGCUGCGAUAACCGCUGGAGAAGUGAACUUCCCAGAAAGAGAAGACGAGCCCUCGUGGGUUUCCCUGGCCGAGGGUGUCUUCAAUGGACAGAUUCCUCGCUGGGAUAUGAACAAUUGCGGUGGAGGUUUGCGAUGGCAGAUCUGGCCUUACCAGGAUGGAUAUGAUUUGAAAAACGCCAUCUCUAACGGCGGGUUGUUCCAGCUGUCAGCGCGGCUGGCACUAUAUACCAAGAACGCGACCUAUGCCGAGUGGGCCGAGAAGAUCUGGGAUUGGAGUGCGACUACGCCGAUGCUGAGGAAGACCUGGGUUAUCGCCGAUACCACUACUAACGCUGCGAAUUGUAAGGACCACGGUGAUCAUCAAUGGACUUACAACUACGCUACGUAUAUCUCCGGUGCGGGUUAUAUGCACAACUACACCAAUGGCACUGAAAGCAAAUGGCUCGAAGGUGUAACAGGAUUGAUCAAGACAUCUGAUCAAUUUUUCCCUGCCUCCGGCGGGAACCAAAUCCUGUCUGACAUCACCUGUGAGCCCAUCAAUAAGUGUGAUCGCAACCAGAAAACCUUCAAGGCCUAUUUCACUGGCUGGCUCGGAUUCAUUUCGCAGAUUGUACCGGCCAAUGUCACGGCGGAGGUAAUGGGGAAAUUCAAGGUCUCCGCUGUUGCUGCUGGUCAACAAUGUUCCGGCGGAAGCGAUGGGAAGCACUGUGGAAUUCGCUGGACGAAGAAGGCAGAAUGGGAUGGGAGUAUGGGCUUAGAACAGCAGCUGUCUGUCUUGGGUGUUCUUAAUGCCGUUAUGGUCCCAUUCAAUACUCAGGGCCCUUUCAAUGCCGACAAUGGCGGAACAUCCCGAAGUGACCCACAUGGGGGCACCAAUACCGAUGAUAGCGUGAGACCUGGACCUGUUACUACGGGUGAUAAGGUUGGCGCGGGAAUCUUGACUGCGGUCUUCGUUAUACUCUCGGCUGGGGGUAUAACCUUCAUGCUUGCUGGAGGCAAGUAG